UUCAAAAGGACUCCUCCGGCCGCGUAUAGCACGCGAAAAUCCUUUAGUCCGCUACCGACGUUCGCCCCCUCCAUGUCGCAUCGUAUUUUAAUAAUCGGAUAGAAAGUCACAAGAUCGUGCGACAGAGCGGCUACGUGAAUAAUCGCCAGCGACAGCCGGAAGAUACAGCGAAAUUACACCGGAGAAACCGCGGGCGACGUAAUUAACGCAGGUAGAUUAUCAAGUUUAUGAGUUAACCGUCUGAUGUAUCGAAAACUCGAAAUGUUCUAUACUAUGAGAAUGCGGGGGCAACGAUAUGCGAAUCGCCGAUAUUGGAAUAAUGAGCAUCGAUAGGCAAAUCAAAGGAGUGAUACGAAAUAAUCAUGCAGCCCGAGGAGUUUUACGCGACGCAACGUGCGCACGGCACGUUGAAUUUUCCGACCCACGCGACUCCUCUGCUUCACCGAUCGAGAUUCGAGGGGUCGAUCGAAACGAAGAAGAUGACAACGAUUGAUGAAUCGGUGGCGGCGGGCGCGGACAUACAAAGUCGUAUUGGACACGUCAACGGUGUACUCUAUUUAUAUGGGACACCACCGCUGAUCCUUUUCUGCGUCAUUUCGAUAGCCAUAAAUAUCAAAGUUCUUAUGAGUGUAUUUUGGAUAAAACGGCCGCUCAGUCCAACGUUAUACAUCAGCUUGAGUCUAGCAGGUGCGGAUGCUUUCUCCAGCACUGCUUUGGGCAUAGGACUAAUCAUGAAUAGUUUUAUACCUUAUGGUCUUGGAAUUGAAUUGAAAGGCGUAAACUGUUUUUUACUGGCGCUUGAAGCAGUGAGGCUGGGAGGCGUAAUAAUUACGGUAUUCCAUUUAAUGGCUCUAGCCAUCAAUCACUAUCUGGGCAUUCUCAAACCUCUUCACUAUCUGUCAAUUAUGACAUAUAGGAACACUACGUUUCUCUUAGUCCUGCUGUGGGUACUACCAAUUUCUUUCUUCACGCUAUAUUUUAGUCUAAUCAAAAAUGAAGGCUUCCAGUCGGCAAGAUGCGAAAAAAACCCGUUCCUAUUUCACAAGCAAUUUCGAAUGUUGUUCAGCAGUCUCUUUUUCGGACCGUUCGCUUUGAUGGUUUGCAUUUACGUUCACAUAUUUUGCAUAGUAAAAAAACAUCAAGCCACGAGACUGCGUUUUCGCAGAGCAGGAUCAUCUUUUCGCCCAAGAGCAUCGGAAGCGUCACGUAGCACUUCCAGGCAAAUGGCGAAGAACGUCAAAGCAGUCCACACAACUUUAUUCAUACUUGGAAGCUUCCUAAUCGGCUGGAUGCCUGGGGUAAUAAUGUACAUGCUCGUGUGCGAAGACUGUCUGUUGCAAUUCAAUUGGCUGUCAGGACACGGAACAUUCUUCAUCUACACGAUAAUCAACUGUCUCAUCAUUCUAAAGACCUUGGUCAAUCCGAUUAUUUACGCUGCCCGAAUGCACGAAAUUAAGGCCGCCACGAGGCGAAUGAACAACUCUUUUUGCGAAUGGGUGACGGCGGUCACCGGUUUCACCACCAAUCGGGGCGUCAAUAGAGUCCACAGCAGCGAAAAGACACGAAGCAGCGAGAAGACACGAGGCAGCGAAAAGACACGAGGCAGCGAAAAGUCACGAGCCAGCGAAAAGUCACGAGGCAGCGAAAAGUCACGAGGCAGCGAAAAGACACGAAGCAGACAUUCGAGCAGACAUUCGAGCAGACAUUCGAGCAGACAUUCGAGCAGGCAGUCGAGGAAUAGCACAUGUCGAUCGUCGCAUAACAUCAGCGUUCGAAGAGCGCGGAAUGGGAGCACUUACACUUGCACGGUUUGUAAUGUACGCGAAUGCGGUAACACGCUUGUAUAAACGUUGAGAAAUGUUUGAGAAACGUUGUGUAAACAUUUUCUCGCGUAUUUCGACAUUUUGUGUAAAUAUGAGUGUAACGCUAAACGAGCGACAUAACGGCUACGACAAUGUUUUAGUAGCGUAUUGAAAUUCGUAUAUUACUUCUUCCUAUUCUACUUCUCAUUCUCUACUUUAAAAAUUGACUGUAACUGUCUCCCAAAUUAACGCAUUGUUGUAGCCAUGUUUCGUAAUGUCGUGUGUAACGAAUCCAAACCAAUUUUUGCAAACAACAUACGUAAUUCGUGAUAAAAAUUCUUUCCUUAAGGCCGCAAUUUAUAGGCGCAGUUUUGAGAUGUAUCAUAUCGUAUUUCGAUAUUCUUAUCUCUGCUGAUAUGUACGUUCGUUUGCUUCGCAUGCUUAUUGCGUUUGGAUUCAGGUGAAAGAAAACUCCUAAGCGUUCAAAUGUGAUUUUAAUUAAAUAUACUAUAAGUCAGAAUUACUUUAUAAUAGGAACUUCGUAACACAGUAUUCCUUUCUUCAUUACACAGUGCGAUAUCAACCGCAGUUUAAUCAUUUUGUUUUCAAAAUGCAGCGAUGGAAAAUUUAUAAUUUAUAGUAAUACUCGAAAAAAAUACAUAUACAUGUACACAUAUUUAAAUAUCCACAUACUUCUUUUUAUUAUCUGUACAUCUCUAUUACAUAAACUAACGCAUAAAAUAAAGCACUCAUAAUAAAAAUAAAAAAUAAUAAUUUUCUCGUAUUUGUAAUAUUGUGUAUAUAAAAUAUUAAAUAAUAGACUUACAGGACAGAUAAUCUCAUUAUACUAAAUAAAAAAUAUUAUAAACACAGAUAAAAAAAUCAAUUCUUUCAGAGUUGUAACAUUAAUUAUUUCAGUACUCUCAUUGAUCACGUGCGGUAAAUACUGUAAUAAAUAACGCAUAUCUUACUAUAUUACUACUUUAUUAUUAUUUUGUUAUUUUGUUGUUAAAAAGUGUUCUACACGUCUUCCAUCUAUUUCUACACACGUUUGACAUCUUCAUAUUACAGAAUUUUCCAAUUUGAAUCUUACCACAUGGAGAUGUCGUGCCAAACUAGAAUAUUUUUAUUAGCAAGAUCAUACAUGAAAUUUAUAUUUAUUACCAUCUGAUUAGAAUAAUAAGAUGACAUAAUGGAGAAGAUUCUUACUACCGAGUCUCUAUGCAAUCACUGAUUAUAAGGACAAAUUACUAUAUUGUAUUAAAACAAAAUGAUGACAAAUAUUAUUUUAUAAAAAUGGAACUGAUUCGAAGAAAACCAAAAAUGUUUGAAAGAAGACAUAUAAACACUUUUUAAAUAAUAAUAUGGUAAAAUAUUCGUUUGUUCAUUCACCGCACGUGAUCAAUGAAAGCACACAAAUAACUUGCGUUACCAGAACGAAAAAUUUAUGAUCCUUCCUUCAUACGUGAAAAUAUAAUCUAAUGUUAAAUACAUCUAGCGAUACGACUACUUUAAAGCAAAUUGCUAAAAAUGAAAAUUUUAAAUUGAAAGUUUAAAUUUCUAAAAAAGAAGAAAAGAGUACCGUGUAACAAAGUUAACAAUUCUGUCACAAGUAAUCCCGAUAUUCGCGAUAUUCUUUUUUUAUUUUUUAUAAACACUUAUUUAAAAAAAAAAGAAAGAAAUUGAUCAUAAAAUUAAAAAACGUUAAAAUCAAUAAUUGCGUAUAUAUUAUCAUACGCGUUUCGAAAAUGAAGUCUAAUUAACAUGCAGCAAAACAGAAGAGCAGGGUUAAAUUACAAUUCGUAUUUUAAUUGGUUUUAUAUUUCUACGUUUUUUAAAAAGGUAUUUCUACAUGUUUUUAAAAAGGUUUUUUAAAAAGGAUUUAUUGUCGUGACUCACCUACCAUCCACGGCGUCAAUAGUCUCCGCCUGAAUACCGAGUUCCUUGAACAGUCUUUGCAUCCUUUUACGUCUCUCUGGUCUUCUCAACAAGUUUAUCAUGUAAAUGUGAUCCAAACUUAAGGUAUCCUUUUCCGGAUAUGUUACGAAUUGUUUCAGAUCUUCUGAUAGUGGCAAAUGGUCGCUAUAGGCUGCACAAAACAUAUACGCGAAUGUAUAUUACAAGAUAGUUUAACGUAUCAUUUCUGCUAUAAUAAUCAUUACUUAAAUAUUAUAUAUACCAAACAAAAAAUACAAGUGAAAUGUGUUUCUUUUA